AUGGCAAACGAAACCAGCACCGUACUUUCUCCUCCUCCUCCUACAGCUAUCAAGAAAUUCUCCGCUCCUGCUUCGGCCCCUAAACCGCCAGUUGUAUCACCAACAGGCCCUGAAGGGGCUUUCCUUGUUGAGUUGAUGAUAUACAACGGUUCGCCCUUCAAAGACCACUGGGCGUACUGGAUAUUCUCGCAUACGAACCCUGACAUUGGUGUCGCGAUGGAUGCAGCUGGUGAUGUGCGGAGUGGUUUCGAGUUCCAGAUAAGACGCAGUCUCGAUUUAUUCGAUUCUUCGAACCAGCCAUGGAAAAGGGUCCCCUUGCAAUGGGUAGAUGGAAAGCAUUUUGAUAGAACCAAGAUGCUGAAUGGUGGGGAGUUCAAAGUUGACACGGUUCCUGUCUGUGGUUUCGAAGCCAGCGCACACAAAGUCGAGGUUCCGGAGAAGUCUUUGAAUUCAGUCGAAAAGAUGGUGGAUACAAGCAAUGCUGGCAAGAAAAUCCCACUGCGGAACUGUCAGACAUGGAUUGUCGAAUCUGCAGACCAGCUCGUUAAAGACGGUAUCUUUGACCAGGAGAUUGCAACCUAUCUUCAAGCAGUCCAGCAGUGA